AUCUUUCCAUCAUAUGUGUCCUUUAUGGUACAUAUGACUGAAAUUGAGAUGAUAUACAGAUCAGAUAAUGUGCAGCAACUUGCUCAGACAGGAGGACUCGUGAGUCAGUUGAGCUCAAAGCCUCUACAAAAUCCCUGGAUUUGAUUGAAGAUCAAGACAGACCCAGAGACGCCUCCUGAGAUGGACUCUAACCUGAGAAUCGGCUUCAUCGGGGCAGGCAACAUGGCCUACGGGAUAGCCAAGGGAGUCAUGCAGUCUGGAUGUUUAAUUGCAGGAGAUGUCCCUCCCAGCAAUGUUAAAGUGAGCGCACCCUCCGCAAGGAACUUUGGUCGCUUUCAGGAGUUGGGGGUGGCUGUCACCCAUUCCAAUGCAGAGCUGGUGAGUAGCUGUGACUUGGUGUUCGUUGCGGUCAAACCACACCUCAUCACAACCAUUCUCAGUGAAAUCACAGACCACGUCACCCGGAAACACAUCAUCGUCUCCGUGGCAGCAGGUGUAACCUUGGCAACGCUUCAGGGGCUCCUGCCAUUUGACACAGUGGUUUUGAGACUAAUGCCCAACCUUCCCUGUCUGGUCCAGCAAGGGGCACUAUUGUUCUCGCGGGGGACGUGGGCGCGGCAAGAGGACGGGGAUCUGCUCCGCUCGCUGCUUCAACACUGUGGCCUGGUGGAGGAGGGGCCCGAGGCCUGGAUAGACAUCCACACUGGGCUCAGUGGCAGCGGGGUGGCCUUUGUGUAUCUGUUUGCAGAGGCGCUGGCUGAGGGAGCGGUGAAGAUGGGCAUGCCCAGUGCUCUGGCCCAUAGCAUCGCUGCUCAGACUGUAUUGGGGGCAGGCCAGUUGUUGAGGGACUCAGGGAAGCAUCCAGCCCAACUGCGUUCGGAGGUGUGUACACCAGGAGGCACCACUAUCUUCGGGCUUCAUGCCAUGGAGCAGGGGGGUGUGAGGGCCGCCACCAUGACCGCUGUGGAGACUGCAACUGAGAGGGCCAGGGAGCUGGGCAGGAAGUCAGUGCCUACGGCCACAGAAAAUAGGAAGUGAAGUCGUUUUGGCCCACAGUAACUGAUUAAGGAAAUGUAUAUAUUUUGGUUGCUCUCUGCCCAAUGCCCACAUAAACCACUUCAGUCUUUAACUUUGUUACUGUUGGAGCUUAAUCUAACUACAAAUCUGACUGGAGGAGUUGUUCAAGGACACAUAGUGAUUGUGAAGAAUACAGCAAGAUGCUUCAAAUCAGCGCUAAUCCAGUUAUCUUCAUAAUUUAUCAAUGUUCAUUUGAAUUAUUAAAGUGAAUUUAUUGGUAUUUUCAGUUUUUGUUAUUAAAAGAAUGUUGUACCUAUCUGGUCCAAACUGAUGGCUAUGAACAGGUGUUAAUUCAGAUGGUCCUUAUAGAGCCUGCACAUAGUAUGAUAUUGGAAAUUACAAUGUAUUUGAGUGGUACUGUACAUUAAUGUACUAAAAGUACAUUUCCAUUCUUCUAAAGUGUGGCCUAUCAAGUUAGAUGUUACAUACAAUUCACCUUCCUUACGUUUUCUGCAUUUUUUAUUUAUUUACUUUGAAAACUAUCCCAAAAUUGUUUUUAUUCCAGACAAAGAUUAAACAAAAAAAUCAGUGUGA